GAAAUUAUUUGACAGCUAUACAAAACUGAAUUUUCUAGUGGCCUCAGUUGUCUGACGUGUUUCAUGUUAUUUUCGAUCUCAGUGCCGGUACCUAAUAUAUUUGUAGUUGUAAGGAGAAUAGCGUAAAAUCAUCAAAAUGUUCUUACUUCAAUCCUGCCUAGGUUUAUUACUAUGUGUUGCGGGCACUUUAGCACUAUAUAGUCCAUCAGACGAUGUUAUAGAUUUAACUCCGAGUAACUUUGAUAAAUUAGUCACAAAUUCUGAUGAUAUUUGGCUAAUAGAGUUCUAUGCUCCCUGGUGCGGUCACUGUAAGAACCUCGCUCCUGAGUACAAGAAAGCAGCCACAGCUUUAAAGGGCAUAGUCAAAGUAGGAGCAGUGGAUUCUGACCAGCACAAAGGAUUUGGAUCCCAAUAUGGAGUUAAAGGGUUCCCCACAAUCAAAAUAUUUACUGGCAGUAAAAACACAGCUUACCAGGGUCAGAGGACUGCCGAGGACCUUGUUGAUGCUGCUCUCAAGGCAGUCAAGGACAAGGCGUACCAGGCACUUGGCAAGAAGUCUGGAGGCAGCUCCGGCAAGUCGGACGUGGUGACGCUGACGGACAGCAACUUCAAGGAGCUGGUGCUGGAGAGCGACGACCUGUGGCUGGUGGAAUUCUACGCGCCGUGGUGCGGCCACUGCAAGAACCUCGAGCCGCAGUGGGCCAAGGCCGCCACCGAGCUUAAGGGCAAGGUGAAGCUGGGCGCGCUGGACGCCACGGUGCACACGAGCAUGGCGUCCCGGUACCAGGUGCAGGGCUACCCCACCAUCAAGCUGUUCCGCGCCGGCAAGAAGUCUUCAGACUCCGUGGAGGACUACAACGGAGGCCGAACUGCCAGUGACAUCGUCGCCUUCGCGCUCGACAAGCUGGCCGAAAACAUCGCCGCGCCUGAGAUCAUUCAGGUGGUAGACGAAGCUAGCCUGGCGGCGUGCGGCGCGCAGCCGCUGUGCGUGGUCUCCAUCCUACCUCACAUCCUGGACUGCGGCGCCGCCUGCCGCAACGACUACCUGGACGUGCUGCGACGCAUGGGCGAGAAGUACAAGAACAAGAUGUGGGGUUGGAUCUGGGCGGAGGCGGGCGCGCAGCCGGCGCUCGAGGAGGCGCUGGAGCUGGGCGGCUUCGGCUACCCCGCCAUGGCCGUCGUCAACGCCAAGAAGCUCAAGUUCUCCACGCUCAGGGGAUCCUUCUCCGAGACCGGCAUCAACGAGUUCUUGAGAGACCUGUCGUUCGGCCGCGGUCAGACGGCGCCUGUGCGCGGCGCGGCCCUGCCCGCCGCCGCCACCACUGAGCCCUGGGACGGCAAGGACGGGGAGUUGCCCCAGGAGGAGGACAUUGACCUCUCGGACGUGGAUCUAGAGAAGGACGAGCUAUAAGCACACGCGGUCACAGAGUAACAGCACUUGCGCAGAGCCGUGUGAAUGGGUAGUGGUCAUAAUCAGAAGUCAUAACGUUUUGUACAACUAAAUUUUACUCAUGAGAAGGACUUUUUUAAAGAUUUAAUAACUAACUUUUUGGCUACUAGAUACUUACUAAUAAGUAAAGAGCUGGAUUUUGCUCAAAUUGUAUGUCUUCGUAAUGUGUCAGAAUCAAGUGUGUUUAUCCUAUUGUAUUCGUGAUAAUAUGUUUGCAUCGGACAUGCGUUGAUGUGAGAAUGAGUAUAUCAUGAUAUCAGGUCGUUAUUGCAUGGAUCGUAGUGCAUUGCUUUAUUUUUGUAUGACGUUUUUCCGACAUAUCUUCAUCACAAACUAGUACAGAAAUAUUUUUUGUUAAAUGUUCUUAACCGUUUUGAGAUUAGACAUUUUUAGGUAUAAAAUUAAGAGUACUUUUAAAUUAAGUCUGACGUGUCUAUCUCUUCCAUAGUGUAAAGUUGUGGCAUUUAAUAAAUAUAAUGUGUAAACAUUGUUAUUAGGUAACACUAAUAAAAUUCUGCUAAUUUUUUUAAACAA